GGGAAAACAUCAAGAACACCAAGAUGAUUUUCUAUAUGACAAUAUUGCUAAUCUUCUAUACAGAAAACACGCUUUUACACACAGCACUAGGAAAGGACAGCAGACCUGCUGAUACAAUUUACGACGAAGAAACGAAUAAAAUUGUCGGGUGGCUCUAUAACAAAAUUGCGAGCAUUACAGAAAAUCCAAAAGAAACAACGGAUUAUGAUGAUGGGGAGUCCGAACUGACAUGCAAAGUAAAACGACCAACCGAUUGCGGUGAUCUAGACAAAUCAACUUGUAAAAGUGGAAUUUACAAGAUCUUCCCUUACAAAACAUAUGGUUUCAAUGUUUUUUGUGAAAUGGAGAAACAUGGUGGGGGUUGGACUGUUAUUCAACGUAGAAUGAACGGAAAGACAACGUUCUAUAGGAACUGGUAUUCUUAUAAGCGAGGAUUUGGUAACCAAUGGGAAGAAUUUUGGUUGGGUAACGACCAUCUACAUCAACUUACAUCUCAAGGAAAAUAUAAAUUGAGGAUUGAUCUGAAAGACUUCGAUAACAACCAAAAGUAUGCCCUGUAUAAGAAAUUCAGUGUUGGUAGAGAGAGGUCUGGUUAUGUUUUGGAUGUUAGUGGUUAUUCUGGUAAUGCAGGGGAUUCGAUGGCUUAUCAGAACAGAAUGAAAUUCUCAACGAAAGAUAAGGAUAACGAUCAUUAUAGCAGGUCAUGUGCAGUGAGGUUCAAGGGCGUCUGGUGGUAUAGAGGAUGUCACCUCAGCAACCUGAAUGGACUAUAUCUGAAAGGGAAACAUAAAUCAUUUGCUAAUGGAAUCGACUGGAAGACCUGGAAGGGUUAUCACUACUCGCUUAAAGAAACAGUCAUGAUGAUCCGCAAAGCCUAGAUAGUUGAAAUAUGAAUCAUUAACACAAAAACAAAAUGCAAAUUUUGAA